AUGUCUGCUACUACACGGCGCGAAGACCCCUUCAAGCCGGCCGCACGCGUGGCUGGCCAGAAGCAGGAUGUCUGGUCCAUCGUCAACGAAGCGGCUGCCGCGUCCCCAAUCAAGCCCAUUGUGAACAUGGGCCAAGGGUUUUUCGGCUACAACCCGCCCAAGUUCGUCCUCGAUGCCGCAAAGUCGGCCCUCGAUUCGGUGGAAUGCAACCAGUACUCUCCUACCAAAGGCCGCCCGCGGUUGAAGAAGGCCAUCGCAGACGCAUACUCGCCCUUCUUUGGACGGACGCUCGACCCGGAGAAGGAAGUCACCAUCACCACCGGUGCCAAUGAAGGCAUGCUGAGCGCCUUCAUGGCCUUCCUGGAGCAGGGCGACGAGGUCAUUGUCUUCGAACCCUUCUUCGACCAAUACAUUUCCAACAUUGAGAUGCCGGGAGGAAAGGUUGUCUACGUACCCAUGCACCCACCAAAGGAAGGCGCGACCAAGACAACCUCUGCGGCCGAGUGGACUCUGGACAUUGCCGAGUUCGAGAAGGCCAUCACUCCCAAGACGCGCAUGAUCGUGCUCAACAGCCCGCACAACCCCAUCGGCAAGGUCUUCUCAAAGGACGAGCUCAAGGCCAUCGCCGACAUCUGCGUCAAGCACAACAUCAUCAUCCUCUCCGACGAAGUCUACGACCGCCUAUACUACGUUCCGUUCACGCGCGUUGCAACGCUCUCGCCUGAGGUGGCGAAGCUCACGCUCACGGUGGGCUCGGGCGGCAAGAACUUUUACGCCACUGGCUGGCGCGUAGGCUGGUUGAUCGGGCCAGAGCACCUCAUCAAAUACGUAUCCGCUGCGCACACGCGCAUAUGCUACUCCUCGGUAUCACCCCUGCAAGAAGCGACCGCCAUCGGCUUUGAGCAGGCGGAUGCGCACAAUUUCUGGGAAGAGUCAAAGCGCGAGAUGAAGGCCAAGAUGGACAAGUUCAACACCAUAUGGGAUGAGCUGGGUCUUCCAUACUCGGAUCCUGAAGGCGGGUAUUUUGUCCUGGUAAACAUGUCCAAGGUCAAGCUUCCAGAGGACUAUGACUUCCCCCCGCACGUUGCGGAGCGACCGCGGGAUUUCAAGCUCAGCUGGUUCCUCAUCAAGGAAGUCGGCGUCGCAGCUAUCCCACCAACUGAGUUUUUCACCCCGGGUAAUGCACAUAUAGUUGAAGACUGGCUACGGUUCGCCGUCUGCAAGAACGACGAUGUGCUCGAAACGGCACAGGAACGCCUGAGAGGUUUGAAGAAAUAUAUCCAGUAG